GACUCGCACUUCCGCCCCACAGGUGAGAGCGACGGAGCCGCGGUUGAAAAUCACACCCUGACUUCGGGGAGGAAAAGCCAGCGUGCGGGUCGCCUAUCGGGGAAUAACUCUGUAAAUUCUGUCCAUUUACCACUGGAGAAGCACAAUGUAUGAGAAUGUUCCUACAGUGUCUGCAGUAGAGCGACAGCAGGUGCUUCAGGCUCUGGAGAGGCUCCAGGGCAAACUACUGCAGCGGGAGGAGUGGACCCACAGCGAGAGACUUGGGGCCCUCAGUGAAGCCCUAAGGAGCCCCCUUCUUGGACACAUCCUCACACUCCAGCAUUCCAUCAAACAGCUCAAAGAUCAGCUGAACUGCCUGCCUGCUGACACCCAUAGUGACUUCAGCUUCUCCAAGAAGGGGCAGCUAAUUUUUAGUGCCAGCCGCCCGCCCAGCAGCCUGCUCAUCUCGCGUCCAUCUUCGGUACUUUCUAACGGUACUGGACUGUCCUCUGUGGGCUUCCCCUCAUCAGAAAAGCUGCAGAAGUGGAUUCAGGCCACAGCAAAGGGAAGACAUACUGAACAAAUCAGUUUGCCAAAGCCUGUGACAGGGGGUCUAGGCUUCAGUGUUGUUGGCCUCAGGCCAAAUGGAGUUGGUGGACAUGGUGUCUUCAUCAAACAGGUACAGCCUGGAAGCAUUGCUGAAAGGGAUGGCAGGCUGCUGGAGAAUGAUCAGAUCCUGGCAAUCAAUGGUGUGCCUCUGGACCAGAAUGUCACCCAGCAGCAAGCCAUCGCUUUGCUGCAGCAGGCAGGGGAUAGAGUGGAGCUUGUAGUAGCUAGGGAUCCUGCGACCCAGCAACAAUUACAUGUACCUGGCGAUAUGUAUACGGAUCAGUGGGGUCACAUGGAAGAGAUUGAGCUGGUGAAUGAUGGCUCUGGUCUAGGCUUUGGAAUCGUGGGAGGCAAGGCCACGGGGGUCGUGGUGCGCACCCUGGUUCCUGGUAGUGUGGCAGACAAGGAUGGCCGACUGCGAACAGGAGACCACAUUCUGCGCAUUGGAGAUACACCCACCCAGGGCUUGGCCAGUGACCAAGUGGUGCGAGUGCUACAGGGUUGUGGCACCCGCGUGCGGAUGCUCAUUGCUCGCGACCCACUGGUUGAGGCCCGUCCUCCUCCACCGCCUCCUCCAGCUCCUGCUGCUGCCCCUGUCUCUUCCCUGCCUCCUAUCCCACCUGUUACUCCUCGUAGAGGAAGCAGGACUCCUAACCUGGAGGGAUACGAGAUCCAUGAAGUGACUCUGAGGAAGAAGGAAGGCCAGAGCCUGGGCAUCUCCAUUGUGGGCCAUAAUGCCCUAUCCAGUGAAAAUGCCGUGGGGGUGUUUAUAAAGAAUGUGGUACCUGGGAGCCCAGCUGAACAGAGUGAAAAUAUCCGGGUCCAUGACAGGAUAAUAUCACUGGAUGGGGUGAAUCUCCAGGGGUUCACUAACGAAGAGGUGUUGGAGGUGAUGAAGCAGACAGGACCCACAGUGAACCUCACCCUGGUCCGGAAGAUUGCAUCUUCCAAGUCGCUCUCUGUGGAGAGGUCUCUGGAUAAAGUUCAGAGAGAGCCCUCUCGUGUGUCCUUGAAGAGGUCAGCUGAGAUCAAGGUCCGUUCUGAUAUGCAGAAGGGUUUAAUCUCUGAGCCGACUGAGAAUUCUUCUUCAGUGGUCCGACAACACUCAGUAAGAGGCCCAGAUCAGGUGUUCAGCCCAGAGGACAUGAGAGCCAAGUGGGAACAAGCUCUUGGGCCAGAAUAUGCUGUUAUGGUUGUUGAGCUGGAUCCUGUUAUUGAAGAUGAUGCUGAGCUGCAGAAAUACUCGAAGCUCCUUCCAAUUCAUACCAUGCGCCUGGGGGUCGAGUUGGACUCCUUUGAUGGACACCACUACAUCUCCACUGUGGCCCCUGAGGGUCCUGUAGCAAAGCAUGGCCUUCUGAGGCCAGAGGAUGAGCUGCUUGAGGUGAAUGGUGUGCAGUUGUAUGGGAAGUCCAGGAGGGAGGCACUGGCAUUCCUGAGGGAGGUGCCACCCCCUUUCAUGCUGGUAUGCUGCCGUCACCUCAGCAGCCAAGAGGGCAGCGAAUUCCAGCCUGACAAUGAGGAGCUGCCACAGGAGGACUGGCAAUCCUGGGGUCCUGGUGCUAGCCAGCAGGAGCAGAAUGAUAACAACCUUCCCGUGCUGGCAGACCAGACAACAUUCUGGCGCAAUUUGAAUGAAACCCUUGUGGAACAGGCCAUCAAAGAAGAGCCUGAUGAGGUGUGGGAGGGGGACAUUCAGAUGCAGCAGCACCACCCUGUGGAGAAGGAGCAGGUGGCAGCAGUGGUGGAGAAAGGGGAGGAGGAGGAUGAGGAUGAGGGGGAACUGACUCUCUGGUCCCCAGAGAUCAAGGUGCUGGAGCUGGAGAAGGGGGAACAGGGCCUUGGUUUCAGCGUUCUGGAUUAUCAGGACCCCUUGGACAUUACACGCUCUGUCAUCGUAAUUCGCUCCCUAGUCCCAGGGGGUGUUGCUGACAGGCACGGUGGCAUCCUCCCAGGUGAUCAACUGGUGUUUGUGAAUAACACCCAGUUGGACACUUGUGACCUGGCUGAGGCGGUGGAGGUGCUGAAGGCGGUACCUGCGGGCAAGGUGUACCUAGGGAUCAAGAAGCCCCUGAUGGUGGAAGCAACCGAGUUCAGCAGGCCGAGUAAGCUGGACAUGGUUUCUGCUGUAGGACAGGAAGAGUCCGAGGACAGGGACCUGGCCGUCUAUGAGGGUGAAGUCGAGGAACCUCCUUUGCUGGAGGAGCUGGUUGAUGAGCCGGAGCUGAUUCUAGACGGCUCCUUGUCCAUGCUGCACUACCCCGCCCCUUUGGGCCCUGGCCCAGCCAUGGUGGAACGAGAAAUGGCUGUGGAUGAAGAGGAACCAGUCCAGCAGCUGAUAGAGAAAACCUUACCAACAUACCCCAAACCAAGCCCCACCCUGUGGCAGGAGCAAGUGGGCUUGCAACCUCCUGGGGACAGCCUGGGGUCAGAGAAGGAAGAGGAGAAAACGGAUGCGUCGGAGGAUGUGCAGAGGGGUAGACGGGAGUCUAGAGCACCACUACAGAGGGAACCCACUGUUGUGCCUUAUGGUGAGCCUGUGACUGCAUGGCCCGAGGCACGAGACAGUGACUUGGACUCCGACUCCUGGAAUGGUGGCUCUGAGCUUACUUUGACAGAUACAGAUACAGAAUCUGUCCAUUUGGUCUCCUCUGAGAGGUGGAGGGACAGAAGUAAGAGCAAAAACUCACAGGCUGUCCGUGGGAGGUACAGUGCAUUGCCUGAAAGAGAGGAAGGGGAGGGGGAAGAGACACCUCCAUUCAGUCACUGGAGCCCCCCACGCAGAGUGGAGGUGUGGCAGGAGCCGCAGGAGUCCCUGGGCAUCAGCAUCGUAGGUGGCCGAGGGGUCAUCAAGCGCCUGAAAAAUGGGGAGGAGCUGAGGGGCAUCUUCAUCAAGCAGGUGUUGCCUGACAGCCCGGCUGGACGCACAAAGGCCCUCAAGACCGGCGACAAGAUCCUGCAGGUGUCUGGAAUAGAUCUGCUAAAUGCCAGCCACGAGGAAGCUGUGCAGGCCAUCAAAUCUGCUCCCAGUCCUGUGGUCUUCAUUGUUCAAAGCCUGUCAUCUACCCCACGGCCAGUUUCUGUUAUGGCGCCCAGCUACAGCAAACACAAAGUCAGGACAAAAAGAAAGUCCAUGCUGAAGGCAGAGUUGGAAAGUGUGCCCUUGCCAGGGAGGCUCCCCCCACCAUACAGGCCACCUGGUGGGCUGCCAGAAGAACUGGAAGGCAAGAUGGAGGAGGAACUUGAAAGUGCUAGAGAGCGGAUCAGGCAGCGAUACGGGGAACUGCCAGGGGAGCUACUACUGGUGGAGCUGGAGAAGGACCGUCAGGGAUUGGGCCUCAGCCUGGCUGGCAACCGCGACCGCUCCUGCAUGAGUAUCUUUGUGGUGGGCAUUACAGCUGAUGGGCCAGCUGGACGGGACGGUCGUAUCCGGGUUGGGGACGAGCUGCUGGAGAUCAACAACCAAAUUCUGUAUGGAAGAAGUCACCAGAAUGCAUCUGCCAUCAUAAAGAGCGCCCCUUCAAAGGUCAAACUGGUUCUCAUCAGGAAUGAAGAUGCAAUCAAUCAGAUGGCAGUACCACCUUUUCCUGCUCCCCUACCCUCACUCUCAUUCAGUGAACCCCACCAAAACACUGGAGCCAUGUCGACUCCCACAGACAAUCCACAAGCUUCACAGGACCUGUCACUCACAAGGAACCUUCCACAGACAACUCCUGUGAAGGAGAAGACCAAUGUGGAACCAGGGGUGAGCACUGAGGUCUCUCCCAAGGAUUCAGCCUGUAAGAGCCUCAGUGAUGGAGAGACUGCAUCAAAGAAGCUGAAGUCAUCUGAAAAAGGGGUGGAAUCUACAGCUGAGCCUCCUGCAAAGGAAGCCCUUAAGCAGAUAACCAGCACCAUUCCUAAAAACUUAAAGAGCCUCAACAAGCUGCCUUUAGACCAUGCCACACCUCCUCCAGCUGCUCCUCCAGCACCUGCUCUUGCCAUGUCUUGCACGAGCCCAGAGUUUGAGUACUGCAGUCGAGAUCCAGCCACCUGUCCCAUCGUUCCUGGUCAAGAAACAGUCAUUGAGAUCUCCAAGGGCCGCUCAGGGCUGGGCCUGAGUAUUGUUGGAGGACGGGAUACACAGUUGGAUGCCAUUGUGAUCCACGAGGUGUACGAGGAGGGCGCUGCAGCUCGUGAUGGUCGCCUCUGGGCUGGAGAUCAGAUCCUCGAGGUGAAUGGUGUGGACCUGCGGGGCGCGGUGCACGAGGACGCUAUCGCAGCACUCAGACAGACCCCAGCCAAGGUGCGCCUGAUGGUUCUGCGGGACGAGAGCCAGUACCGUGACGAGGAGAACCUGGACGCGUUCCGAGUGGAGCUGCAGAAGAAGGCCGGCCGCGGCUUGGGCCUCAGCAUCGUGGGCAAGCGUAAUGGCACAGGCGUGUUUAUCUCCGAGGUGGUGAAGGGUGGGGCGGCCGACCUCGAUGGCCGCCUCAUGCAAGGAGACCAGAUCCUGUCAGUAAAUGGAGAGGACAUGAGGCAGGCAUCACAGGAGACUGUGGCAGCCAUUCUCAAGUGUGCCCGGGGAAUGGUCCUCCUCGAACUGGGCCGGCUGAAGGCAGCCUCGUGGAUGUCCUCCCGACGCAACUCCCAGGGAAGCCAGAUGAGCCACGCAAGUGCCAACAGCUCUGUUGCUACAGCGCCCCUCCCUGGGACCCAAGCGCCUGCUUCUCAGCUCCUCAACAAUAGCAGAAGACCUACAGCGGAGCUCCCUAGCAAGAGCACAGGGGCUGACACAGGGAUGCGCUCCGUGGAGAUUACACGGGGCCCCACUGAUGCACUGGGCAUCAGCAUAGCGGGGGGCAAGGGUAGCCCCCUAGGUGACAUCCCCAUCUUCAUUGCCAUGAUCCAGGCCAAUGGGGUGGCAGCCAGGACACACAAGCUCAAGGUGGGUGACCGGAUCGUUAGCAUCAACGGGCAGCUCCUAGAUGGUCUGUCUCACGGGGACGUGGUGAAUAUGCUGAAGAACGCGUUUGGGAGCAUCUCUUUGCAGGUGAUUGCGGACACAAAUAUCAGUGCCAUCGCCAGCCAGGUGGAGAGCAUGUCGACAGGUUCCUCAGAUGCACAGGCAGUCGAGCCAGAGACACCUCAGCCCAAAACCAUCAUCCUGGAGAAGGGUUCUGAGGGACUGGGCUUCAGCAUUGUAGGGGGCUACGGAAGCCCCCAUGGAGACUUGCCCAUCUACGUCAAGACCGUCUUUACCAAGGGGGCAGCAGCCAUGGAUGGCCGGCUGAAGAGAGGGGAUCAGAUCCUGUCGGUGAACGGAGAGAGUUUGGAAGGAGCAACUCAUGAGCAGGCAGUGGCGGUGCUGAAGCGCCAGCGAGGCUCUGUCACACUGGUGGUCCUGUCCUAACCUAUGCUGCGCCCUGACGCUCUCCGAUUUGUGGGACCCGGCCUGUUUCCAGGAAGGGUGGCGCUUGACCCACUUCUUGCCAUCACCUGUCUGCUCUUCCACCAGAGGAGCUUAAUUUAACUGAAGGGAUUCGCGGAAUGAGCUCCGCACCGAGGCUGCUGCUGCCGAAAUGUCGUCAGUUAGGGAGGGGUCAGGGGGGCUGUGUCCUUAUCCUUCUUCUGUCAUACAUUUUAAAUCCACAACUGCAGAUGAGACUGUCGUCGUGAUCCAGUGAGAGAACCAAAAGUGGUGCUCAUUCGCUGCUUGACUGCAGCCCUCAUGCUUCGUGUGCACGACGUUGCGCGCGAGCUUGUACGUGGUGUCAACACAAAAGGGAACCAACAGAUGUGAAUGUAAAAUCAUGGUAAUUUCAGCUUAAUUGUACGUGUACUACUUAAAUUUUUCCUACGGUCACGCCUGGUUUGGUAAUGCCGGCUGUACUGCCUGGUAACUGGUGGACUGACUGGGUUGACCGAAUCUGAGUCUGUACCCCACAUCUUGAAGCAUCGUCAUGGGAGUGGAGCACUGCAGCCAUACUAGUUUGCAUGGUUAAGAACUCCAGCACAAUCAUCAAGUUUAGCGGAAAGUUAUCUCUCCUGGGUUUCCAUCAACUCAUGAUACAAAGGGGAAAAUGUAUGAAAGUCACACAAGCGAAGUUCCUUCAAAGCUCUUCAUAGAAAUAUUCUCCUGUCUCAUGAGCAGGAUUUUCUUAAGUAGCAGCUGGCAGAGAGCAGAGGGAAUCUGUGUGCUCUGAUGCUCUUUCCAGAGUGAAACCCACUGAUUCAAUAAAUCUAUUAGAACCAAGAGGAAACCAGUAAGAGAUCCACCCAGUCCAGCUCCCAUACAGUCAUGUUUCAUGGUUUGUUAUGGCCAGCAGGCUGGUGAAAAAAGGAGAUUUUGUAUGUGUGUGUCUGCACGUGCUCAAUCCAUCAAGUGUUUUAAAUCCUCAGACUUGAGUCCAUAUAUGACAUAAUGCCUUUAACUCAACCAGUAGUUGGCACCCUGCAAGCUCCUUCCCAAUUGUCCUAAAAUGCAGUUUGUUAGUGGUCUAAAAAGUGUGUUAUUUCACAGUACCUGAAGGAAAGGUAAAUGCUGCUUCUAACCUGUAACUACCAACUUUCAAGCAGCCUUUUGAGGAGAAAACACAAGAAAGAGUCUCCAUUUCAACUGAGCAGCGGUACUAGUAUUAUUUUUAUAGCCAUAUAUUAUUUUUCUAAAGGGUUUCAGUUGAUGUUCUUUGAAGAGGUAUUUUAACGUCUUUUACUUCUACCGGUUGGUCGUUAUUUCAACUACGGUUUCUUUAUGUAGAUGGAGCGUAAGUGAUGUAUUGCAUAAAUUCUCCACAUGCCUGAAUGUCCCAGCUGUUAGAACGUGUAUGAAUCAGAGAGACUGUAACAAUGUGAGGAAAUCCUGUCUGUGCUGUGGUCAGUCGCACAGGAUGCUGUCAGAGCUGGAAAGGAGAGUUUCCCUCUGGAUCCCCUGAGGUCCUGGUGUUGGCUCUUGGAAGGCACCUGUACACCCCUCUAAAUACCGAGUGCGUGAAGAGACGAACGCAUCCCCCUUUUAUACGUACAUACAUGCCUUCAGUGGUGUAACCUAUGACCGACAAGCACGUGCCCAGUUCUGUAUUGUGCCUCUUGUCUCAUUUCUUACUGCCUUUCCAUGGAAAAGUGUGGAAACUGAUUACGUCCUUCUUCCGGAAUCUGCCUUGUCAAAAGUAAUACUCUGUUGCAGUCAGUCUCUGUAAAGUGAGGUCAUCAGUACAUGUAUAUGUGUACGGACGUGUCCAUAUCCAUUGCACCUCGUCACCUUUCAUUUCUCGUCUAGCGGUUUUAUGCCCCCAGCGUUCUCAUCCUGUCACUGUACCUUGUUCUCCCUUUCAGGGAGCUGUGGGCUGUUGGGACAUCGGCGUCAGACUCUGUGUUCCCAACACUAUUCUCCCGUGGUUCAUACGUGCUCUCUUGUUUUGUUUUGAGGAUAAAAGUGAGUAGCUAAGGCUGUACUGAUGGUGAUUUUAUAACCAAUAAAAUAACACUAAAUCCUGUUAACCCGAAAUGCAAAACUUGUAAACCAUACAAUUACUGACCACUAGUCCUCUGUAGUGCCAUAGAAAAUGUCUUUUGUAUAUGUCAUUAAUCAAUGUAGAUUUUUUUCCAAAUCCAAAGAAAUUGAAAUUCUUUGUUGAUGAUAAAUGAAGCUGUAAUAAAAACAAAGGUGUAUGACCGUAAUAUUAUUCAUAAUCUU